UGUUUUUUUUUUCUUCUGGAACCCUUAAUUUUUGAAUGAAGAUUAUUAGAUGAAGGAAAGUCAGUUCCCUUAAGUGGUUCAAGGUAGGAGAGGUGAAAUAGAAAAAAAAGGGUGUGAAGAAUAUGUCUAAGUCUUGCAAAGGGUUGGCCACGGAGCUGGUCAAGUGCCUCAGUGAAUCUGAUUGUGUUAAGGUUGAGAAGAGACCUUAUAGGGAGUGUGUUGGAGAGAAGACUCCAUCAAUACCAAGUGAAUGUGUGGGAUUGAGGGAAACCUAUUUCAAUUGCAAGAGAGGCCAGGUUGAUAUGAGAGCUCGGAUUCGUGGAAACAAGGGCUAUUAAGAGCUUUUGCUGAUCUUAACUUAGAAUGAGAAUAUCUGUAUGUUCCAAUUGCUCCCAUAUUCUGAUGAAAAUGAAAAUUGUGUCCAAUUAACAAUGCUGCUUUCAGUUUCUUUUUGCUCAAAGAUGAAAUCAAUAUAAUUAAUGUUGAUGGUGAAUCACAGAAAUGGGAAGAAGACUAUUUGAUUGUUUGAUUAGUUGGCAUUGCAAGCUCAAAACAUUUUGCUUUGCUAGAAAAAGAAUAUUAAUACAAACACCACAUUUUGUUGCAUGAAGGAUUUGUGUAAGUCCCGUGUUUGUUCAUGGAUUCUUGAAAUGAACACUAUCUCCAUGUGUUGGCUAUUAUGGUUGGAGAGGACUGAAGCUUUAAACGCUGUUAUUCUUUGAUUG